AUGGCUCCAUUAUCCCGAAGAUUCCUCUUUGGAGGAGACCAACCAUGGUCCCACACAGACUGGAUCUCCUCCAACGACCGCGUCCGGGGCGGGUCCUCAUAUUCCAGCCUCAAUAUUCUCCCAAACAACACGGUCCAGUUCAACGGACAUCUAGAUAUUACCACCCUUGGUGGAGCAGGGUUUGCAUCGCAGCGCACAACGGGCGAUGUAUCCUGGGAUCUGUCCGACGUCGACGGGCUCGAGCUGGCCAUCGCCGGUUCCGACGGAAAAGUGUAUACACUCACCCUUAAAGACAAGCUACUGCACAAGCGGCCUGAUGGGCGUGAGCAGAGUACGAUUAGUUGGGAGUAUAAUCUCCGGCCGGCGGACAAGGCAAAUGUGAGAGUGAGAUGGGAGGAUCUACGAGCAACGUAUCGCGGAAGGGAAGCUGAGGGUGCGGAGCCGCUGGAUUUGAAGAAUGUCAAGCAGAUUACUAUUAUGAUUCGCAGUUUCUUCGGGACACAAGAAGGCGCCUUUUCGCUGGACAUUGCCUCCAUCGCUACGUUCCGUAGAGAUGUAUGA